GCGCUUCAAUAAAGGAGUGGUACUCGUAGAGUAGAGAGCAAUAGUAGAAUUUCUCGAGUCUCCACACACGAGAGAGAGAGAGAGAGAGAGAGAGUAUGACGACAACAGGGUGUUUGAGGAUGUUAUGGUUGGAUUCCGCCAGUCUCAUCCUCACCACUGCAAACCCUAGUCCAAUCUCAUCCUCCUCAUUAUACUCUUAUAGACGACGAGGUUUGGCUCCAACUAGUAGAUCCUUCCGCACCCUAUCCCAUCUCUCUUCACGACCGAACAAGUGGCUUUGUGGAUAUGCCAAGGGGGAUCAGAACAUUGAUAGUGGGAAGAAUGAAGAUGAAAUCAUGCUGCAGAUGUUUGGGUCGGAUGAAGAAGCCAUUACUAAGAUUCCAACCCAAGUCCAGACUUUUCCCGGAGAAGGAUCAGGGGAGGUUCUGGUCUCAGAAUAUAAACCUAUACCAGAACCUGUGCCUGAUGUUGAUUAUCUACAGGAGCUACUAGCAAUCCAGCAACAAGGGCCAAGAGCUAUUGGAUUUUUCGGGACACGAAAUAUGGGAUUUAUGCACCAGGAACUUAUUGAGAUUCUUAGCUAUGCGAUGGUUAUUACGAAAAAUCACAUUUUUACAUCUGGUGCAUCGGGGACUAAUGCAGCUGUUAUUAGAGGUGCUUUAAGAGCAGAAAAGCCAGAGCUGCUCACUGUGAUAUUACCACAAAGUUUGAAAAAGCAACCUCCUGAAAGCCAGGAAUUACUGGCGAAGGUGAAGCAUGUAAUAGAAAAGCCUCACAAUGAUCAUCUACCCUUAAUAGAAGCCAGCAGGCUAUGCAACAUGGACAUUAUUUCACAUGUUCAGCAAGUCAUUUGUUUUGCCUUCCAUGAUAGCAGACUGCUUAUGGAAACAUGUCAAGAAGCGAAAAAUCUCAGAAAGAUUGUGACUCUUUUUUACCUAGAUUAAUGAGAAGCACCAAGUUGUCUCUAUACAUUGUUCGAUGAGAAGAGUUAGAUCAUUCUUUUUUCGUUUGUAAAUUAGGUGGAUACUCAAAGUAUAUAAUGCUUGUCAUUGAUAUGUUGAUGAGAGAAGCUCGAUUAGAGCGUUCAUUGACAGUUUUAAAGGGUGGCGUCAACAUUUCUACCUUAUUCAAGAAAAUAAGAUGUUAAGUUGUCAUGCA